CAGACGUUCGCUGAAAACAUAUUAGAAUCGAUCAUCAGAAAGCUAGUUUGUGUUUUCACCAUCGUCCAGCCGAGAGAGGAGGCUAUGAAGAUCCGGCAUGUGCUCACGCAAUCCAUCACCUUCCUCGGAAUUUUUACUUAAAUUCGGAAUGCAGUUAUGGUCCUUGCAUUGUUGGUGCUGGUGCCCGAGGGAAUGAUGCUCGUGACGGGUGUCAAGUCACCGGCGAUGGCGGUUUUGUCCGAAAGUAUGGAGCCUGCAAUUAAAAAGGGUGAUAUGGUGUUUGUGCACAACAUGAGCAAUGAACCUUUCCGCGAAGGAGAGGUCGUUCUUUUCAAAGUUGAUGGCUUUGAACAUCCAAUUGUCCAUCGUGUGAUCAAGGUUUACGAGCAUCGAGAUACUGGAGAAAUCCGAAUACUCACCAAAGGAGACAACAAUUCAGUGGAUGACCGAUUUCUCUAUGCGAGCGGGCAGCUUUGGCUUCAACCGCAUGACAUUAUUGGACGGGUUGCAUGCUAUCUGCCAUAUGCUGGAUGGCCUAGUGUCUUCAUCAGUGAAGCUUAUAAGAUGUUGCUGAAUGGUGGAAGCACUACAACUCCAGAAGUACUAUGGGUAACAAUGUAACCGCGGCAGAUUUAUGUGGGUUGCCUCCAUAGUGUCUUGUUCGUGGUUAAAGUAGGCAUCAAGCGAACGAAGACUAUAUAAAAGACACAUCAUUAUCAUAGUCUCCGCAAUAGAGUUAAUCGAGCUCCAUCCGUCUUGUUGAAGUCAUUUCUAUAGCACGGCCGACGAGAUUCCUUUUUCGAGAACACGCAAAAAGUCUUACAUUUAUUUGCACGGUCGACAUGAC